ACCGGCCGGCGGAGGCGAGCAGGCCCGGGGCCGCGCCGCCCGGGCCGCGGGGACUGAGGAGGCGCCGCCAGGUUGCGGAGCCACACACACUCGCCUGGGUCCAUGGCCACGGUUGGGGAGUGGUCCUGUGCACGCUGCACCUUCCUGAACCCAGCCGGCCAGCGCCAGUGCUCCAUCUGUGAGGCCCCCCGGCACAAGCCUGACCUCGACCACAUCCUCAGGCUCAGUGUGGAGGAGCAGAAAUGGCCCUGCGCCCGCUGCACGUUCCGGAACUUCCUGGGCAAGGAGACUUGUGAGGUGUGUGGCUUUGCCCCAGAGCCUAUGCCUGGCGCCUCCGUGCUGCCUGUCAUCAACGGGGUCCUGGCGGAGCCCAGGACCAGCUGCAAGGAGGAAGCCGGUCCCGUGCAGACAGCGGGGCUGGCGUCCGCAGAGCCGGCUCGGGGGCGGCCCCAGGAGGAGGCGGAGGAGGAGGACGCGGAGCCGGAGCAGGGGGAGGAAGGGCGGGCAGCAGAGCCCGGGAGCGGCUGGGCCUGCCAGCGCUGCACGCUGCACAACACACCUGUGGCCAACUCCUGCUCGGCCUGUGGUGGCCCCCGGAAACUCUCGCUGCCCAGAAUCCCUCCUGAGGCCCUGGUGGUCCCCGAAGUUGUGGCCCCCGCUGGCUUCCACGUUAUACCUGCCCCAGCCCAGCCCGGGGAGGGCACCGAAGCUGACCCACCCUCUGCCACCGACCAGGAGCCCCCCCGGGCACCAUCUUUCAGCCCCUUCUCGCCCACCCUGCAGAACAACCCGGUGCCUCGUAGCCGCCGCGAGGUCCCCCCCCAGCUGCAGCCACUGGUGCCUGAGGCUACCCAGCCUUCACCCUCUGCCGGCUCCAAGGGGCUCCCCCAGGGCCCAGGGCGGACUGCAGCCGGGGCCUCCCGCCUGGCAGAGCUGCUGUCCAGCAAGCGGCUGAGCAUGCUGGAGGAGGAGGCCACCGAGGGCAGCCCGGCACCACAGCGGUGCGGCUCCUGCCCCGCGCCCGGCCCCUCGAGCCCUGCCCGCUGUGAGGCCUGUGGUGCUGCACCGAGCAGCGAUGUCAUCGACCUGGCUGGGGACACAGUGCGCUUCAAGCCAGCCAGCCCCUCCAGCCCUGACUUCACCACCUGGUCGUGCGCCAAGUGCACGCUCAAGAACCCCACAGCGGCCCCCAGAUGCACGGCGUGCGGCUGCUCUAAGCUGCAUGGCUUCCAGGAGCAUGGUGAGCCCCCUGCCCGCUGCCCAGACUGCAGCGCCGAUAAGUCUGGUCCCUGCUCGGCCCACAAGGCCAGCUGCCCCUUCCCCGGGGUGCCGCCCGAGCGCCCGAGCCAGUGGGCCUGCCCUGCCUGCACUCUGCUCAACGCACCCCGGGCCAAGCACUGUGCUGCCUGUCACACGCCCCAGCUCCUGGUGGCCCAGCGCCGGGGCGUCGCGCCCCUGAGGCGCAGGGAGAGCAUGCACGUGGAGAAGCGGCGGCAGACAGACGAGGGUGAGGCCAAGGCCCUCUGGGAAAACAUCGUGGCCUUCUGCCGGGAGUCAAGUUUCGGCUGGUACUGGGCAGUGUCGCCACCCUCAGAGAGCCACAGCCCUGAGCUGGCAGGGCCAGCCAGCCUCAGGAGGGUUCCAAGGGACGGGGCCCGCCUGACCCCCACCCAGCCCAAGGCCUCUGAGCUUCGGGACCUCAAUGGAGGGACUGGGCCAGCAAUUCCUGAGUCCCAUGUGUCUCACGUGGGUCCCCACAGACAGGGAGGGGCCCCCUACCUUCCACUCCCCCCCCACUCCCCACCUCCCAUCCCCCCACCCGCUGGGGGGCAGGGCCAGCAGAGGCUCCUGGUUACUAAGGGGCCCCCAGUCAGGGAGCCUUCCUGGUCACUGAGGCUGCUGUGCCCACACAGGUUCCUCAUGGGUGCCUCCUGUGGGGGGGGCAACAUGAAGGUGGACGAUGCUGCCUACGAGAGCCUGGGCCUGCGUCCCCGCCACGCCUACUCCAUCCUGGAUGUCCGAGACGUCCAGGGCUCCAGGCUCCUGCGUCUCCGGAACCCAUGGGGCCGCUUCUCCUGGAAUGGCAGUUGGUCAGAUGAGUGGCCGCACUGGCCAGGGCACCUGCGCAGCGAGCUCAUGCCCCAUGGCAGCAGCGAGGGUGUCUUCUGGAUGGAGUAUAGCGACUUCAUCAGGUACUUCGACUCGGUGGACAUCUGCAAGGUGCACUCGGACUGGCAGGAGGCGCGUGUGCAGGGCUGCUUUCCCAGCUCUGCCAGCGGGCCCGUGGGGGUCACUGCUCUCACGGUGCUGGAGCGCGCGUCCUUGGAGUUCGCUCUCUUCCAGGAGGGCAGCAGGCGCGCAGACUCGGUGGACAGCCACCUCCUGGACCUGUGCGUCCUGGUGUUCCGCGCGUCCUUCGGCAGCGGUGGCCGCCUGAGCCUGGGCCGCCUGCUAGCCCACAGCAAGCGCGCCGUCAAGAAGUUCGUCAACUGUGACGUGAUGCUGGAGCCCGGCGAGUACGCCGUGGUGUGCUGUGCCUUCAACCACUGGAGCCCCGCCGCGCCGGGCCCGCCGGCCAACAUGCAGGCCUCCAGCCCCUCGGCGGGGGUCCCGCGCUGCACCCCGCAGCCGCCCGGCCACGUGCUGGCCGUGUACAGCUCGAGGCUGGUCAUGGUGGAGCCCGUGGAGGCCCAGCCGACCACGCUGGCCGACGCCAUCAUUCUGCUCACCGAGAGCCGGGGCGAGCGGCACGAGGGACGCGAGGGCAUGACCUGCUACUACCUGACGCAUGGCUGGGCGGGGCUCAUCGUGGUGGUGGAGAACCGGCACCCCAAGUCCUACCUGCACGUGCAGUGUGACUGUUCUGACAGCUUCAACGUGGUGUCCACGCGUGGCAGCCUGCGCACCCAGGACAGCGUGCCCCCCCUGCACAGGCAGGUCCUGGUGAUCCUGUCCCAGCUGGAGGGCAACGCGGGCUUCUCCAUCACCCAUCGCCUGGCGCACCGCAAGGCUGCCCAGGCCUUCCUCAGUGACUGGACAGCCUCCAGGGGCACCCACAGCCCCCCUCUCACACCCGAAGUCGCUGGCCUGCAUGGCCCCCGGCCUCUGUGACCACUCCAUCUUCCCAGCCCCCACGCGCACUUUAUGAGGGAGACCCCAGCAGAGGACGCUUGAAUCAGAAUCUCAGGACCCUGCCCAGGGAGCCACCAGCUGCAGUAGCUCCCCCUAGGCCUUUCUCCCUGCCCCUCCCUCCUGCCCUGGGCCUUCCCGCUGCCAAGCAGAAUACCUCGAACCCGCCUCUAGCGCCAGGGGCCUGUACGCUAGCCCCUCUGACCGACCCCCUCAAGGUUGGGUUCAGAUGGCCAGGGCCAAGGUGAGGCUUCUCUUUCCCUAGGGGCUGGGGCCUCCUGCUUGGCUGAGGCAGCCAAGAGCCCUGCUCCUAGAACCACAUCUGGGCAGGUCAAGGCCAGGACCCCAGAGUGAGAGCAGGGAUCUCUCCCUUGUAGGGGUCAGGCUGGGACUCCAGGGUGAAGAGCAACAUCUCCUCUAUGAUGAUCAGAGGCUAGAACCCCUCAGUGAGCAGGGACCACCCGCGUCUGUGGGGGUCAGAGGCUGGGAUCCCAGGAUGAGAGCAGGGACCACCCCCGUCUGUGGGGGUCAGAGGCUGGGAUCCUAGGAUGAGAGCAGGGACCACCUCCUUGGGGGACAUGAGAGCAGGAGCCUUCUGUCCCUGGCUUGCCCCCAGAGCACAUUUCCCCAGCCCCCACAAGGCAAGCAGGGGUCCCUGGAGCCCCAGCAGUGUGUCCCAGGAGGCAGGUGCCUGGCGACCGUGGGCUCAGGGCCGGGGAUGGGGGAGGUCCCAGCGGCCCCUCUGGCGACACUAUGCAAUUCCUGGAGCGCGUCUCAGGAUCGAAGAAGCCAUGCCCAGGGGCUGGAGGCCAGGGGCUGUGGGUCAGGGUCCAGCCAGGCCCAGGCCCACCCUGCGGUUUGGUGAGGUGGUUUGUCCUCAGCACCACCUGACCUCUGCCAGGACAAGCAGGGUCCGGCAGCAAUCCUGGACCUCCCUGUCUAGGCAGAGGUAGGGCCCAGCAGCCCCUCCCAGCUCCUCCCCCACCUCAGAAGCCCAGGGAGCUGAGCGGUCACCUGGCAACCCGGCCGUCCUCCCUUGAGGCUGCUGUCAGGCCAGAGUCCUGCGUCUGCCCUCGGACAUCUGAGGCCAGCUUCCUGGGGGCCUGCCUGGCCUCAGUGUCCUGCAGCCCCUAGGCCAUGGGCAGCCCUAUGGGGCUUGGCGGCCUUUUACACCUGGAGAAACAUCGGGAAGCACGCCACUCCCCUUUGGGCCUCCUUUAUAUUCCCUCCUUUUACUCUGAGCUGUGAAUAUUUUUAACCCUGUAUAUAUGGCCAGCUCUUCUGACACAGAGACUAUUUUAUCACUUGUCGGUCCCCAUCCCUGUAGGAUGGUUCUCCAUGGGUGUUUCCAGACUCAGGCUCCAAU